AGGACCCUGAAAACCCUGUGAACAUUAAUUAACCUUCUUUCAAAAGAAUUGGAAGAAAGAUCAAAGCUCACUUCUUGCUUCCGCUUCUUCAACUAUCUUUGAUUUCUUUACCUUCUAUGCCUUGUUGACAUAAUCAAGCUCCUUUUUUUUUUUCUUGUGCCUUCUUCAAAUGGCAUCACUAGCACCUGGGAUUCUUCUGAAGCUCCUCAAUGGUAUGAACACCGGAGUUAAACCCACAGGCGAGCACCGGAGCUCGCUUCUGCAGGUUACCGACAUUGUUCCGGCCGAUCUGGACGAGAAGAACCUCUGGCCGAAGCAUGGUUUCUACAUAAAAGUAUCGGAUUCAUCUCACUCCAUUUACGUCAGUCUUCCCUCCGAUCAAGAUGAUUUCGUUCUCAGCAACAAAAUGCAGCUGGGUCAGUUCAUCUAUGUCGACAGAUUAGAGCCAGGAUCCCCUGUUCCGGUCGUACAAGGCGCGAAACCGCUCCCCGGACGACACCCUCUUGUCGGUACGCCGGAGCCAUUAAUGGGUCUGAGACAAAAGGGAGUGAGGACCGAACAGAAGCCUUCCGAUUCGGCUCCUCCGAGAAGGGGGUCUUGGGGAACAGGAGGGAAUGAAGGAGAUAAAAUUUCAUCUCCGAUGGUGUUUAAGCCUGUGAAUUUGGACUUUGAUCAAUGCACUCCGGUGAAAGAACCGAGAAGUUCGGCGAAAAAUAGUAACUUUCAGGCAAUGAUGUCUCCGAUGACUAGAACCACCCCUGCUUCCGGUGUGAGAAGCUCAGUGGGUGGAGGGCUUUUGGCGAAGAUGACGGAUGUUAAGGUAGAAAGUCCUGCCUUGCUUAGAAAAAGCUGUGUGGUUAGCUCUGCUUCGAAGUUUCCUAGGAGCAGGAGUGUGUGUGGACGAGAACCUCGGAUACCCAUAACCCCCUUCAAGUCAUCUGAAAAGAAAAGUGCGACUCCACCACCAAGGUUAAGGAGUGCUGGAGUGGCAGCUUCUUCGAUGAGUGUAGCUGGAGAUGCAGAGAAUCAGGACUCAAAUAUGACUCCUCACAUGCAAAUUCAGUCAACCAAUUCUGCUUUUGAUAGUAAUAAUAGUAACAAUCUUAGCCUCCCCAUGAAUUUACCUGGAAAGCUUAGCUCACUGGGAAAGGAAGCUGUGCAGCAACGAGAAGUUUCUCAAAAAAUUGCCCUUAAAGCAUUAAGAGAUGCUUCAGCUACUGAAUCAGUAGUCCGGUGUCUCAAGAUGUUUUCCAAUUUAUGCAAAUCAUCUCGAGCCGAUGCACCGGCUGCCUGUUUUGAACGGUUCUUAGAAUUCCAUAGCCAGAUUGUACAAGCAGUUAGAGAAAUGGUGUCCAUUGAAGCAGCUACUUCAGCUUCAGAAAUGGCUCAGAACUCACACAACAGCAAACAACACUCUGAAGAAGAUGAUAAUGAAGAAUCCUCAGUUUUGAACGAAAUUACACACAAUUCAUUGGGCCAACGCAGGAAUUCAGAAUCAAGCAUGUCAAAGAGAAAGAAGGGUUUGUACAAGUCAGUCUCUUCAGCAAACAUGGGGGAACUUUUAAGGUCAAGCUCUAACCAAAAAAAUAUUUUUGAGAGAAAAGGUCCCACCUUUGUAAAAUUCCAACUUGACCCUAUUGGUGAAAAUGAUGAGAAUAAGAAACAGCAGCCGCCGCCGCCAUCAUCAUGCAACAACAUAAGCAAUACAAUAAAGCUGGGAAAGCAGAUUGAGACAGAAGCUGGGAACUGGUUUAUGGAGUUCAUAGAGAAGAGUUUGGAAAAGGGUAUGAAGAAGGCUAAGGGAAAAGAAGACGGUGGGGAUGUAAGAAAAGUUCCACAGUCACUUAUUCUCAAAGUGAUAAACUGGGUUGAGGUUGAACAGUGUGAUAGCAACAAGAGGCCUCUUCAUCCAAAAGCAGCACAAAUAGCUCGCAAGUUAAGGAUCAAAAUGAAGAAUCCUUGAAAACAACAAACACUGCUCGUAUUUUUCAAUUCAGACGUGUGCUGUGUCUAUUGGACAGAGAAGAUUGAGAUGUAUAUUUUUUAGUUUGAAAAUUCUUAUUGCGUGCAGUAUAUAUUGUCUUCUCGGUCCCCAAGGAUUUUAAGAUUGAAUUCGCCUGCUUCCUAUAUUAUUGGUUACCUACCAUUGAAUAGUUGGCUUUUGUAUAAACUCAUUGUGCAAUGGAAAUUAGAUAAUUGUUCAAGAGAUACAAAUA